AUGGCAUUGGCUGUGGCAGAGGAUACAGGUGAGACUGAGGACAAAGCCACAGACAAGGAUGAUGCCUUUGACAUGCCCUGGAAGGUGGCCACUAUCAUGGAGCUGGGCCAAAGGGCUUAUCUGAGAGAAGAUGGUGUGCCUGAGUGGCUUUGGGCCAGAAUCCAUGAAGUCCUUGGGCUCAAAGCAAGUGCCUUCAAGUUUCUCAGAAACAGUUUGAAAGGGUUGACAGAGUUUUUGCAAAGGGAAGCACAGGUGGACCCUGCAGAGGUCAAAUACAACACUGGCAAAACACUUGAGGCAGGCAGGCUGUGGAAGGACCACACCUUAGAGUCUAGAGCAUUCUUUGGCCUUGGCUUUUGGAUCAUGCAAAACAAGCCACUGGCUGAGCCUGUGAAGCUGAAGGCUUUGAAAUUGGUCCAGCAGUUGGGGGGGAAAGCCUUAGACCAAGGGCUCAACUCUGGCUCCACCAUGGAUGGCAUGGUGAUUGACAGGGAGGGGGUUGUUCAUUAUGAGUGCCUUCAGCUGGUGCGCCCACAUUUUGUGAAAGGCUUGGACAAACUGUGGGCACACUGCCCAGGGGCCAUUGCAAUGUGGAAGAAGUUGAGAGGUGUUUUGUGGCAUGGGCAAUGCAUUUCCACUGCAAUUGAGUUUGCUUCCUUCUCAGACCUUACUUUCUUUGUGGGGUAUUUGGCAGCACAUCCCACCCAGCACAUGAAACAACAAAACAUGUGGCUUUGUUGUGGCAAGUUGCUUUUGCCCACAUUGUGCAACCAAUGUGGAUACUGGCUGGAUGGCAUGGCCACCCAAUUGGCCAAUGAAGAAUUGAGUACACUGCCAAUGCUGAAAACAAAGUAUGGCAAUGUUUGCAAGACCAUGGACCCAGUAAAUCGCAUGCUGUUAUUGAAGAAACUGCAGGCAGAGAAGGGAAAGCCGCGGAGGAGGAAGACGACGACAAGGAGGAGAGCGACAGGCAAGAACGGGGGGGGAGCGACGUCAACGGUGAGAGACAAGAUGGAGGGCUACAAGUGGAGCGACGCUGAGUGGGCAGAGUGGAACAGGAGGUGGCAAUGGGGUACCAGUUGGCAAACCAGCUGGACGCAGCACACCUCUGGGGAGAAGAAGGAUUCAGAGACCGGAGUCACGGGGGUUCCAGCCUCGGCUAUGCCUUCUACUGGGGUAGACCACUCAGAUCCAUGGCAGCGUCCCAAUGUGGAUCCUUGGUCACGGAGGACCUCUAUGUCAGGAGCACCUCAUGAAUCAGGACGACAUGAUGGAUGGUGGGGCACUCAGACCUAUCACAAAGGUGAUUACAGUGAUCCGCCUUCCUGGUCCGGAUGGGGCUACAGAUUGUGGCGAAGAGCUGUGAUUCGAUGGAAUGACCACACAGACAUCGCUGUCUGGAGACGAGCUGAUCGUGUGUUGCGCACCCUGGAGUGGGAUCUUCAGGCCAAGUUGGAUCACAUCUCCGAGGCCACCUUAGCCAGUCCGGCCUUCCUGACGGAGAUUCUCGCCGUCCUCGAUGUGCUCGCAGGAGAAAAGGCAGAUUCGGAGCGCAAGAGAGCAGUUAGAGCGGCUCUCUUCGAGGGUAGUCGACGAGCCGACGAAAGCAUCGCGCAAUAUGCUCUUCGUCGAGAGUCUCAGUUUGAGGUCGCCAGUCGCUACAUCACCUUGCCGGACGAUGUGAAGGGCAUUCUUCUUGAAGAGCAGUCUGGCUUGACGAAACAGGCCAUGCAGAAUCUCAGGGUGCUGACGAAGGGGCAGCACUCGUACUCGGAAGUGAAGAAGGCACUUCACGUCCUCGAUGUUGAAGAAGAGAGCAUGAUCAAACCAGGCAAGGUCAGCUACUUCGAGGACCUUGCUGAGUAUGCGGAGACCGACCUCGAGGACGACGACGACGAGGAGAUCUUUCUGGCCAUUGAGAACGAGCACGUGGCUGAGGAGGAAGCGGUUGCUCUCCUGGCUGACUUGCAGCAAGACAGGAGAAGAACGUGGAAAGAAAACAAGCUUCUCAAAGCCGCCAGGAGGAAAGAUCGCAGACAUUUUGACGACAAGAGUUCGAGGCCUGCGAGACCUUUCAAUCGGAGACGGAUGUCGGUUGAAGAGCUGAAGAAGAUCACGUUUUGCGGCAACUGCGGCAAGAAAGGGCACUGGCGUGAGGACUGUUCAGAAUCAGUCAAAGACAGCAGUCGUCAGCCAAAGACCAAGACCAAUGCUUUUGUGUUUUUGGGCAUCUCCGAGGAGGCUAAGAGCUCAGCGGCCUUUUUCCUUGGAGCCUUGUCCGAUGCCAAGUCUAUGAACGGAGCGUGCUUUCUGGAGCUCAACCCAGGUCAAGCCAUAGUCGAUCCCGGAGCAUCUCAGGAUCUCAUUGGCCUACCGAGCUUUGAGAAGCUGCAGACAAAACUAGCACGGGUUGGACUUCAAGCCAUCAAGUUGGAUGAAGCUCCAGGCAAGGCAGCAGGAGUGGGUGGCUCCGCCAAGACACUGUUCAUGGCGCUGUCUCCCUGCAUCCUGGGUGGACAGCCAGGGAUCAUCAAGCUGACCGUUGUUGAAGAUGACGUGCCACAGCUCCUUUCCAUAGGUCUCUUGGAGCAUGGUGAGGCGGUCAUUGACACCGGCACGGACAAAAUUCAUUUUAGGAAGUUCGGCACCGAAGCGCGCAUGACUCGACUGCCGUCUGGUCAUAGGACACUAGACGUGGCCGAGUGGAGCGGUGGAGAUUUUCCAAUUCCUGAGAAGCUCACCAGGGAGCUGGGACUAUGUCCCGGUGCCUUCAAUUUGAGCCCCUCUGCGCGUCGAGCAUAUAUGUCCGGGUUUGCGUGCUUUGGAGAUCGCAGUCAGCUCUUUCAAUUCUUUCAGAUUCAGAAGUCACAGGCGGACAGCGAAGCCUUGGAGAAUCAUUGGUAUCACUUCACUCGGAAGAUGAUCAUCAUGCAUGGCGGUCCGAGGGCAUUGGAGCGAUUGGGCAAGACAAUUUAUCAGGGCGACUUCACACCUUCCAGGGCCGAUGCGAGCGGAGUGAUGAAGCUUCCAGCUUGUCAGCAUCCCAAGGAAUACGAGGUCAAGGGAGCCAACCAGCACGGGACGUGGACCAGGUGCUCUCUGUGUCAGACCAAGACCAGCUAUGUGAAGUACAGCAAGGACAACCCUCCUCCUGCAGUACGCAGGAACAAGUCUGCGGCAGUGGAGACCCACGUGAGCGCUCAACCCAUGCCGAGGACUCCCAUGGCUUCAGGUUCAGCUGCCUCGACGAGUGCACUGAUGCCGGAUCUGGAGCAACUGCUGCAGGGUCAGACGCAACAGCUGACUCAGAGCACCGCGGCGGUCAUGUCUCAGGUGAUGUCCCCUGUGGUGGAAGGAUUUCAUCAAGCCCUGCGCUAUCAGGCCGAGGAGAUGCAGCGAUCUCAGGAACGUCAAGAGACACAGAUUCAGCAGCUGUUCCUGGCUCAACAGCGCAUCAUGAGGCAGACCGAUCCUGCCUGUCAGCCGGGUGCUGCCUUUCCGAUGAUGUCUCAGGAGGAGCUGCACCGGCGAAUGGCUCAGAGCUUGGCCAUGGCUCAGGGAUAUCCUCUUCCACCAGACGAGGAGGAGUGGGAUCGUGUCUCGGAGAACAUGAGCGGUGACCAGUUGAUUUUUCUGGUGAAGGAUGCUGAGCUUGUUGACGAUCUGGUGUGUGGUGACUACCCUGAGGGCAGAGAAGCCCAUUUGACGAAGAAACAGAAGCAGCUGCUGUUGAAUUCAUUAGAGCGAAUUUCCACGGAAUUCAGUCAUGGGUCAAAGAACCCCGCGGAGAGUACGAGCUCAGAGAAGUCUGACAAGAAAUCUCAAGAGCCUGAAGGCCAUCAAGAACAGUCACAAGAGUCCCACGACCGUUCAAGAAACCUUCAAGAGCCAGAGAGCCAUUCAAGAGUUCGAGAGCAUUUUGCUGCCACACUCUCCGAAGGAGAGCGAGAGGAUAGAGAAAUCAUUUCCCGACCGAUUCGAUCGAGCCGUUCGAACCCACCUAGCUCGUCAGAGCUUAGAGCCCUAGGGUUUACCGACGUUAGACCAUGCAGCCAUGGAGAUGUGAUGGAGAAGAGUGCCACUCCUCAAAAAGUGAUGGAGCUCUUUUCCCCUCCUCGAGUUUCCAUCAAAGCAGUGGCUCAGGGGCUGACCCUCACGGAACCGAGCAACUUUGAUCUCACAGAAGGCUGGGAUGCAUUGAACUAUCAACACCGACAAGACAUGUGGAAAGUGCUUCGGGAGCAAAAACCCGAUGUAGUGAUCAUGAGCCCAGAGUGUCGGAUGUUCAGCCAGCUCAUGUCGAUCAACCUGAGUCGGAUCCCUGUCGAGAAGUUGACGAGAGAUCAGAUGAGAGCUCUCAUUAUGCGAGCACAAGUCUACCCAGAGGACAUGGUGCAAACUGUGAUUGACGGCAUUCUAGCAGGUCCAGUGGAGUUCUCCGGCGUGGCAGCCGAUGAUCACGAUCUGAUGGAUGAAGAGGCUGAAGAUCAAGAGGAAGCUGAACCUCAGCCUCGCACCCCAGGCACCUUGCAGAGAGAUUCAUCUGUUCUCCUGACAGAGGAACAGAAGAAGAAGAUACUGCGGAUGCACCUCAACAUGGGACACCUGUCCAAGGAGCAGAUGCUUUCCAUGCUUAAGGCAGCAGGUGCUAGAGAAGGCGUCUUGAAGUUUGUCAAGGAGAAGUUCGAAUGUGAGCUGCAAGACCUCAUUGCUCAAGGAAGAUCGACGAAAGCAGGUGCUGUCGAUGUCACGACAGAAGGUACACCAGACGAUACAGGUGACGGGAAAGUUCCCUCCAUCGAGAUUGACAAGCCCAUGGUUCAGGAGUCGAUUGCUGAUGAUUUGAGAACAGCUGACACAGCAAAAGACAUCGAGUCAGAGGGGCAACAUCUUCCCCUCAGACAAGUAUCUGUUCCCAGGCCAGUCAUUCCAGAAGAAACAGAGGGCUCCGUCGCUGACACCGUGAGUGAAGCCACCGCGGGCUCCAAGAGAAAGUCUCAGCACAGUGAUCAGGACUCUGCAUCCAACAAGAAAAAGAUUGUGGAAGAGACCGUGCCGCGGUUAGAUGCACAUAGAGUCAAGCGACCAGUAGAAGACCAAGAACAAGCAAAUCUUGAGAAGAUAGCGCUAAAAACACUCAGAAGGUUGGAGCGCGAAGAGAAGAUGAGAAAGAUCAGUGAGAGGAAAGAAGCUGUCGCUUCGGCUUCCUCGGAAACACCAAAUCAGGAGACUACCUCCUCCAGUUCCAGCAUGGCAUUACAACAACCGUCCACUGAGACUUCAGCAGAUGGCUUCGCACCUCAAGACGCCUUGAUGGCGGAAUUGACAGAGCAAGGCCUCAGUUUUCUGGAGCUCAAGAUUGAGGACUCGUGUCUGAUGACCAAGCCUGUCAAAACGAAAUCUCAAGAAUUUGACAUGAAGCUUGCCACGGAUGAGGAGAAGAAAGGCUUCAAGGCUUCCGACGAGGCCGAGUGGAAGACCAUACUGGACCUGAAGGCAGUCGAGGUGCUAAACCCUGCUGAGUCGAGGAAGGUUCGUCGUGAUCAUCCGCAUCGCAUUCUUCCAUCUCGGUUUGUCAGAAGAAAGAAGCCUAUGCCGGGACUGGGACAGUGGAAAUUCAAAUCCAGAUGGUGUGUGCUAGGUCACUGUGACCCUGACACUGGUUCAUAUUCGACGUAUUCUCCCAUGCCUAUGACAGAGAGCAUCUCUAUUUUCUUCCAGUUGUGCACCAACAUGGACAUGUCUGUCACGUUUUGUGACGUGACACAAGCAUUUUGUCAGUCAGAGCCUCUUGAUAGACCGGAAGGAGACUUGUAUGUUGAAGCUUGCGAGGGCCUAGGUCUUCCAGAAGGCACAGUCAUUCGACUGGUGGCUCCAGUGUACGGGCUUGAAGACGCCCCCCUCCGAUGGCAUCAGACGGUCAUCAAUUUUCUACGCUCGCUAGGCUUCGAGAGGAGUCUCUUGGAACCAUGCUGGUAUGUGAGAAGGGAUGCCAGACAUGAGGUCGAGGCCAUGAUUCUGGUAGAAGUUGACGACCUGAAUGUGGCCGCCAGGAAAGACGUCAAAGAUGAACUCCUUUUAGCUCUGAAUCAGCGUUUCCGCUUUGGGAAGAUGGAAUAUGAUGAGGCAGACUUCGCUGGGAGACACGUUCGAGUUCUUCCUGGAAGAAUCGAGAUGAACCAGGAGAAGUACAUCAUCGAGAAACUUCAUCCUCUUAAGCUGCCUCUUGGUCGCAAGGGCGACAAGUCAAGCAGACUGAAACCGGAUGAGUUUGAAGCUUUUAGAUCCAUGCUUUACAAGGUCGCAUGGGUCGCACACCAGACUAGGCCAGAAGCUGCAGGAGUCGUGAGUAUUUUGUCUUCCAGGCUGAAAGAAGGAACCAUUGAAGAUGUCUCAUGCCUGAACAAGCUCAUUCAACAUCUCAGAAAUACUGCACAGCAAUCGCUCACCUUGCAUCGCUUCAGCAAUGAUAAGAUGAUCCUCAUUGCCGCCUCAGAUGCCGGUGGCGUGGACAGUCUACCUCCUGACAAGUCCUCAGAGAUAGACAAUGUUCAAGGAGCGUGGAUAAUCAUGGCUGCUGACAGACUUCCUAGCGCGAAUCAGAGAAUCAAGGUUAGCAUUUUGAGCUGGAGAUCAUCGAAGCUAAGACGGAGAGUCGCAUCAACACUUGCCAGUGAAGCGCUAGCCUUUAGUCAGUCACUGAGUGAAGUAGAAUGGAUUCAGAUCAUGAUUAGAGACAUCAUCAAAGGUGAUGUCAAAAGGACAGACUGGACCGAGUCUCUGACACCAUAUGUUCCAGUUUUGAAGGAAAACUGCGAAUUGGCAGAGAAGUUAGAGCAGUGUCAUGUCACGGAUGCCAAGAGCCUGUUUGAUGCCUUGAAGAAAGAAUCUCCCAUGUCUAGACAGGACAGACGCACCUCGGUCGAGCUCAGCAUAAUUUUAGAAGCUCUUCAGAAAGCUAGAAGUGUGAUCAGAUGGGCUCCUCAUCCACGAAUGGUAGCCGAUGGGCUUACUAAAGCCGAUAUCACACGCACAAAUGGUGCAUUAGAAGAACUGCUGCGGACCUCUCGCCUCACCCUCUGGGAUGAGAAGCAAGAGCUGAAUCUUCGUAAAGAUGAUCCAGCUGCGAAAGGACGAUCGAGAAGAGCGUCCACCAGACACCGUUCGCUGGAGGCCAGUGAAGAGUCCUUCGUUCUUUUGAGUCGAAUCAACAAGAACUUAGGGGUGCUGUCUCAGGUUACCUUCUUUUGA